AUGGGGCAAAACAAGAUAACGAUUCUGGCGCUGAGCCUGCUGCUUUGCCUGGGACUUGGCGAAUCCCAUGGUUUUGGUGGAAAGAUCGGAGGAGGCUAUGCACCUGUCUAUACAAACUUUGUCCCCUAUCCGGUGGCCCAGCCCAUCCCAGUGCCCCAGCCUGUCCCAGUUCCCGUGGCCAUUCCUCAACCCAUUCCAGUCGCAGUGCCCCAGCCAGUGGUGGUUCCCAUUAAGCGCGGCUGGAAGGGCGGAUUCGGAGGUCUCGGUGGAUUCGGCGGUGGCUAUGGAGGAGGUUAUGGAGGAGGUUUCGGUGGCUACCAGAACUUUGCCUCUGCCUCCUCCUUUAGCUCAGCCAGUUCUUUUGGCGGGGGUUACGGCGGCUUUGGCGGUGGCAUCUUCAAGAGACGCUGA